AUGCUGUCUAUUAUUCUAUUGACAAUAUUUUUUCAUGAAAAUUUUGCAGGAAAAUGUCCAAGUCAAGAGUACUCAACGCCGUUUAAUUCUUCGUCUUCAAUUUUAACAAAACAACUCAAUGCAUUUUGGUCUAUUUAUGGAAAUUGUGAAGAAAAAUUAGAUACAAAUGAUAAUUGUUUUGGCGAUAACCCGACUUGGGCAGAAUGGGACUCGUUGAAGUUUAGUUGGAAUGAUCGAAAUACGUAUCGAGAUCAUGGUAAAACAACACUUUUUCGAUUUCCAAUCAAUGGAAUAAAUGGAACUGAAGGUGAAAUGUCUGAUGGAUUUGUGUGGUCUUGGAUAGAUUCAGAACGAUGGCCUGAUGCACGUGGAUCACAUGGUCAUGUAGCUUCCUAUCAUUUCGAUCAAUUGCCUCGAUUUACUGCUGCCAUUUAUCAAUAUUAUGUUUGGACAGGCGAUCGAAUAUUUCUUCAAUCGAUUUUACCACGAGCUGAAUUAGUGAUGAAUUUUUUAAUUUCUAAUAUGAAUGGAUCAUCGGGAAUACCGAUCAAUAUGAUUAAUGAUGGUAUCUCAGAGAAUAGUCGUCCAAGUACAUAUAUGGAUCAAGUGAAAUCAGGCUGGAAAGAUGCAUGGAUAGCGUUGACAUUUUAUACAGCUCUUAAUAAUAUAGCUGCACUCGAAAGCGUUUUUGGAAAUGAAACGAAACGAAAAUUUUAUCAAUCGUUGGCUGAUAAACUCAAUUUUGCAUUUGAUGACAUUUUUUGGAAUGAAACCACAGGAAGAUAUGCUGGUUGGGUUGAUAGGAAUGGUAACCAGCAUGAUAGUGGCUAUGUUUUUAUCAAUCUGGAAGCAAUUGCUCGUGGUUUAGGUAAUCGUUCGAAAGCUGAUCGUAUUUUUGAUUGGUUGUCGCACCCGGCUGAUCCAAUUCUUAUUGGUCCACACAAUGGCAGUACAGAUGUUUAUCAUAAUAUUGUAGCUCCUAGAACCACAACAGAAAAUGUUCUACAAUCGGAUUGGGAUGGCUGGUCAGAUCCCGAUGAAGGACGACGACCCUAUGGUGGUCUCGUUGAAAGUGGUGGAACAAUGAUGUGGUUAACAUACUAUGAUGUGAUGGCUCGUCUUCGUUUUAAUUAUACUGACGAAGCUUUCAACAUAUUAAAUAACAUGUUGGAACGUGUUGACAAUGAUUCUAACUGUUUGACUUUUAAUUAUGAAAAAGGACGAAUAAGAGAUGAUUUCGGAGAAGAUUUUGUACAAAUUGGAAGUAAUUUUCCAUUUCCUGAAUCAGGUAUAGCUGCCAUCUCAUUUCUACAUGGUUUUGUAGGUGUUACAGCUCAAAUUGAUGGAUUAAAGAUUUGUCCUCAAUUGCCAUCGUCACUUGAUUUUGUUCAAGCUCAAGUGAACUACAUUGGAGCCACAUUAACAAUUCGAGUAAGCAAACAAAUGCAGCCUGCUUCUUCUUAUUGUAUUACAAUUCCAGAAAGACAAUUAUCAAUUGAUAUUUUUCCUGGUACUUGUUAUUUUCUUACGUCUCUAUAA